AUGGUUAAAAUAGUGGUUAUUAUCGGUGGUGGUUUUUAUGGUAUUAGUACAGCUAAAAGAUUAUCUGGGAAUCCAGAUGUCAAAGUUAAACUUAUAAAUGCUUCAAAUCAUGCUUAUUUCUAUAUCAGUUCCAUCAGGGUACCAGUUCAGAACAAAACAGAAGGUACAUUCAUUCCUAUAAAAGAGUUACUUCCUUCUGAUGUUGAAAUUAUUAAUGAUGUUGUGGAAGAAUUUAAUGAAGAUGAAGUUUUGUUACAAAAAGGUGGGAAACUAGAAUUUGACUCUCUAGUUAUUGCAACUGGUUCCAAGUGGACAAAUCCAAUUGGUUCAUCUCUUGAAUUUGGUAAUGAUCAUGUGGCUUAUUUUAACAAAAGACAUAAAGAACUUGAAGCUGCUAAGCAUAUAAUACUUGUUGGUGGUGGGUUUAACAACACUGAACUUGUUGGUGAAUUGAUUCAUCAAUAUCAAGAUCAAUUGAAAACUGGUGAAAAGAGAAUAACAAUUAUUCAUAGUCAAGAUCUAUUAUUACCAAAUAAUGGAUUUUAUUCUGAUAAACUAAGAACAAGUAUUACAAAUUUUAUUAAAAAUUCCAAUGUUGAGUUGAAACUUAAUUCUAAAGCUGAAAAAUUAUCAAAAGAUUCAAGUACUUUAAUCAUAAAUGGUGAUCCAAGCUCUACAAUUUCUGGUGAUUAUAUUAUCUAUGGUACAGGUACUUUACCAGCUGUUCCAUCUAAUCUAAUCAAAGGAUUAACAGAUUCAAACGGAUUCAUUUUAGUUGAUGAUUCAUUCAGAGUUAAAGCCAUUUCAAACAACAAAGUCUUUUCAAUAGGUGAUGUUACUGAUUUUGAAUUCCGUGGGUUAAUGUUUAGAAACUCAUGGCUUAAUGCUUUAGUUAAUAACAUAAAACUAACUCUUGAAGAUCAAGAUGUUGAAGACUCUAAACUUCAUAAAGUCACAAGACCAAAAGGUCAUGUCCCUGCUGGUGUUAGUUUAGGUCCAAAUCAUGGAUUUGGUCAAAUUCCAUUACCUUGGUUUGGAACAAUUGCAGCUCCAUCUUGGUUUGUCACUUGGUAUAAGAGCAAGAAUCUUGUUGUUAACGCUGCAAGAAGAUUAUUCAAUUCAUGA